GUGAGAGGCAGGCAGUGGAUUUGAAUGGAGGAUGGUCUCAAGGGGAAAUACGUUUCCUGCGUUAGGAAAUAAAGCGAAUGGAAAUGUGUCCAGGAUCGAAGAUUAAAAACUAGUUUCUCCCCUCCACUGGAUUGGCCGGAGUGGGAAACGACGCGUCAACAUCUCAGCAGUCCAUUCCGAUCGAGGAAGCAAUCGCUUUACAUGACAAACGUGGAUCUAAAAGCGACGUUUGCAGGAAAGCAUCUAAAUGUGGUUUCGUUUGUGUUCCUACUGUGAAACGCUGUAGCUUUGAAUAUUGCCCAUAUGUAUCCCAUAUACCCUCUCUCUCUAUCACGUGCAAAAUAUUCAUGCACGUGUAUCAUACGUACAUAGCAACAAGACGGCGAAUUAUGAGGAGGGAAUUUAAUGUCUGUAAACAACUGCACUUACGGAGGACGCAAGCCCAAAUACCUUACAGCUGCGAUCAAUGGAUUAUGGAGUCAUAUUUCUGAGGAUUUCCAACGCUUUAAAUCUCCAAGUGUACGAUGUCAAGACGUGGACGAUGUCCAGACCCAUGACUAUUUCAACGAUAAUCUUAGUUUAAACUGCUUAUUUUACAUUGUGUGUUCUAGGAGCCUGGAUCCACUGAACAGACUGAAGUCGCGGAAAAUUAACAGAGCGAAGGAAGAGAAUACGGUGGAAGACAAGAAAUAAACGCAGCCACGUAGAGAGCAAUGAGGAUAUUAAACAGAAAAGACUUGGUUAAAUUUGACGCUAUUUUCCAUCUGUUCUAAUGAUGAAAUCAUCAUAAGGAAUGCGAUAUUUCUUUCUUGAUUGUCUACCAUUAAUGAUAUUUAAUCUGUUCUUACGGGGAAUACGGACGAGCUGAAGCAUUUUGACAACAGAGAAUCUUUAACUGUUGGAUUUUUUGUUGUUGAUUUUUGACGAUAAUCAGUAGUUAAGUCCUCCAGUUAUUAUAGGGACGCACCUCCGGACUUGCCCUCUUAGCAGUAUGUAAUAGCUAUGUGAAGUGUUCCUGGUAUAGCUAUGUGAAGUGUUCCCGGUUUGUUUUUUGGCUCAAGCUAAGCGUCGUACGCCCUGAUCUCUCGAGAGACUCCGGGCUGCCGUGCACGCUGAGGAGACGCGCGCGGACGCAUUUGACUCGGAGCCCAGCAGCUGGGGAGCCCUGCCGCAGGUGCUCGUCUGCGCUCGUGACAUGGAUGACUCGGGGAUUAUUCGUCGUAGGAGGCUGCAGAAGGAUCUUCCCCUUCCCCGCAAAAGCAGCAGUUGCCGUGCAAGCAACAGGAAGAGCCUCAUCCUGACCAGCACCUCCCCCACACUGCCCCGCCCACAUUCGCCCAUCCCAGGUCACAUUGGGAGCAGCCCCAUGGACAGCCCCCGAAACUUCUCCCCCAGCGCCCCCACGCACUUCUCCUUCGCCUCCUCCAGGAGAGCAGAUGGGAGGCGAUGGUCUCUGGCCUCACUGCCUUCCUCAGGAUACGGGACCAACACACCAAGCUCGACGUCCUCUAGCUCCUCCCAGGAGCAGCUGCCCUACCAGCCCACCAUGGAUGAGCUGCACUUCCUCUCCAAGCAUUUCGGCAGCACGGAGAGCAUCGCCGACGAUGAAGGGGGACGCAGCUCGCCCCAUUUGCGCGCCCGGUCCCGUAGCCUGAGCCCGGGACGAUCACCCUCCUGUUACGACAACGAGAUUGUCAUGAUGAACCACGUGUACCAGGAACGCUUCCCAAAGGCCACGGCGCAGAUGGAGGAGCGGCUGAUGGAGUUCAUCCGGCGCCACGCCCCAGAGACCACGCUGCCGCUGGCCGAUGGGGUCCUCAGCUUCAUUCACCACCAGAUCACCGAGCUGGCCCGGGACUGCCUGACUAAGGCCCGGGAUGCUGUCAUCACCUCUGUCUACUUCCUGGAGCUGCAGGAGAACCUGGAGAAGCUCCUGCACAAUGCAUUUGAGCGGUCAGAGAGCUCUGAGGUGGCCUUUAUCACUGAGCUGGUGAAAAAACUCCUCUUCAUCAUCUCUCGCCCAGCCAGGCUCUUGGAGUGCCUGGAGUUUAACCCAGAGGAGUUCUACCACCUGCUGGAGGCGGCAGAGGACCACGCCAAGGAGGGACACCUGAUGAAGACGGACAUCCCCAGAUACAUCUUCAGCCAACUGGGUCUGACCAGACACCCGCUGGAGGAAAUGGUGAAUCUGGACAGCUAUGACAGCGAGGGAUCCCACACUCCUGAGACGGACGAUUCCGCAGAGGGCAAGAUCAAAGCCAUGAAGCCACCGAGCGAGAACGACUUUCAGACCAUCAAGCUGAUCAGCAACGGGGCGUAUGGCGCGGUGUACCUGGUCCGGCACCUGGAGACUCGCCAGCGCUUCGCCAUGAAGAAGAUCAACAAGCAGAACCUGAUCCUGCGCAACCAGAUCCAGCAGGCCUUCGUGGAGCGCGACAUCCUCACCUUCGCCGAGAACCCCUUCGUGGUCAGCAUGUUCUGCUCCUUCGAGACCCGCAGGCACCUCUGCAUGGUCAUGGAGUAUGUGGAGGGAGGGGACUGCGCCACUCUGCUGAAGAAUAUCGGGGCGCUGCCGGUGGAGCUCGCGCGCAUGUACUUUGCUGAAACCGUGCUGGCUCUGGAGUAUAUACACAACUACGGCAUCGUGCACCGCGACCUGAAGCCUGACAAUCUGCUGAUCACCUCCAUGGGACACAUCAAGCUGACGGAUUUUGGGCUGUCCAAGAUGGGCUUGAUGAGCCUGACCACCAACCUGUAUGAGGGCCACAUUGAGAAGGACACCCGUGAGUUCCUGGACAAACAGGUGUGUGGCACACCGGAGUACAUCGCUCCGGAGGUGAUCCUGCGGCAGGGCUACGGCAAGCCGGUGGACUGGUGGGCCAUGGGGGUCAUCCUGUACGAGUUCCUGCUGGGCUGCGUGCCCUUCUUUGGAGACACGCCCGAGGAGCUCUUCGGACAGGUCAUCACAGACGACAUUGUCUGGCCAGAGGGUGAGGAGGCACUUCCUGCUGAUGCUCAGAGCCUGAUAUCUGCCCUCUUAGAGACCAACCCCCUUCUGCGGCUGGGCACAGGUGGUGCUGUUGAAGUGAAGCAGCACUCUUUCUUCACUGAGCUGGACUGGAACAGCCUACUGAGGCAGAAAGCUGAGUUUGUUCCUCAGCUGGAGUCUGAGGAGGACACAAGCUACUUUGACAGUGAGUCUGUCCCGACAGCUUCCUCUGUCUACAGUCGGCGCCUAUCCCCAAAUAAACUAUCGCACAGCAGCAACGUCCAACCUGGGAUUCAAACCCGAAACCCCAUUUCCAUUUGGUUUCUGGCGCUGCAGGUCUACAGCAGCAUGGAGCACCUGUCCCAGCUGGAGCAGAAGCCCCCCUCCUUGGCCAGGCGGGACCCCAAGGGCCAAGUGGAGGAACGGGCAGCCAAACGGGAGAGCCUGGGGAGCCUCACCCUGCGGGACAAGAGCUGGAGGACUGGCUCUCCGGAGCUGGGAGCCCGCAGGAAGCGGCUGUCCUAUUCCGAAUCCUCGUUCGCGGACAGCGACCCCAACUCCCCGCUGGGCGCCCGGCGACGGUUCUCCGCCCUGAUGGAUGUGCAGCGCUUCACCUCUCCACUGGAGGGUGAGGUUGAGCCUCAAGUCAAGGCCAGAGGUUGGUCCUUCAGCCAGGUGGAGGUGAAGGCUGCCCUGCAAGAGGGAGAUGGUACUGCAGCCUCAGACAAGCUGCCCAGACCAAGCGAGACACCCAGUGGGGCAACAGUUCCCCCUCCAGUUGCUGUGAGAGGGGACUUGGACCCCCAGGGGUCCCGUCCCACUGGCAGCCUGGCCAUGCGGUGGACGCGACACCAGCAGUUGCCAGGAGACGGGGAGAGGCGUGGCUUGCGACCCGUGACUAAGGUCACCAAGUCCGCCUCGGCGACCGCGCUGUCCGUCAUCAUCCCUGCAGUAGAGCAGCAUGGGAGCUCUCCAUUGGUCAGUCCCUUGUCUCCGCGCUCCUUCUCCUCCGACCCCUCUUCGCGUGACUCCUCCCCCAGCCGUGACUACAGCCCGGCGGUCAGCGUGCCGAGGUCCCCCAUCACCAUCCACCGCUCUGGCAAGGCCUACGGCUUCACCCUGCGAGCCAUCCGCGUCUACAUGGGAGACAGCCACGUCUACAGCGUGCACCACAUCGUAUGGCACGUGGAGGAAGGAGGCCCUGCACAAGAGGCGGGGCUCUGUGCUGGUGACCUCAUCACCCAUGUGAACGGAGAGUCCGUGCACGGAUUGGUCCACACAGAAGUUGUGGAGCUCAUUCUGAAGAGCGGCAACAGGGUGACGGUGACCACCACGCCCUUCGAGAACACCUCCAUCAAGAUCGGCCCGGCGCGCAAAGCCAGCUACAAGUCCAAGAUGGCGCGGCGCAGCAGGAAGACGCCAGCCAAGGAGGGACAGGAGAGUAAGAAGCGCGGCUCUUUAUUCCGCAAGAUGACCAGGCAGAGCAACCUGCUGCACACCAGCCGCAGCCUCUCCUCCCUGCAGCGCUCCCUCUCCUCCGGGGACAGCCUUCCCACCUCCCCCACCCAGGGCUACCGCCCCGCCCCAGACUCCACCCAUUUAGAUUCUCUGUCCCAGAGCGCCCCUACUGGCCCCCUGGUGUCACAGCACAUGCGGCCCAGCUCCCUGCAUGGUCUCUCCCCAAAACUACACCGCCAAUACCGAUCUGCCCGCUGCAAAUCCGCCGGCAACAUCCCCCUGUCCCCGCUGGCACAUACCCCCUCACCUGUCAGCUCCCCCCAGGCACCACCCCCUCCCCUGGCCCCUUCCCCAGCAGUGGGUGGCCCUAAGCUCCACCCCUCUCCGCCCCCAGUGCCUAGGGCCCGCCCCAAGAGUGCCGAGCCGUCGCGUUCCCCGCUGCUCCGGCGCGUGCAGUCGGCCGAGAGGGUGGACAAGGAAAGGAAGGGGGCGGGGGCAGCCGGCGGGGGCGGCGCUGCCAUGGCGAGCGCCGUCCGCAAGCACGCCGAGUUCCGCAGGGAUUCCUUCCACUGCGAGACGGGCCUGCAGAGCCUGCAGGAGACGGAGGCGGAGAGCACCGCGCCGUCCGAGCUCGCUCCCGUCGCCGAUGGAACGAAAGGGGGCGGAGAGACAGGCAUGCUGCAGCCACCCACAAGGAGACUGGGGAGGCAGGAGUCCCCCCUUAGCCAGGAGGCACUGCUGUUGGUGAGGAGGGAGGGCCCCCUGGGGGUGAUGGGGCAGGGCAGGGGCAGGGCCGAUGCGCUGUCGCUCGUGACACACACACCCCCCACGGUACCAGCGAGCAGCACUCACAGUGGCCUGCAAGGCAUGGACCAGAAGCCCCCAGGCAGGGACCCCCCAGCUCAGAAACAACCUCCAGCACCUGCAGAGUCAAAGCCCUCCUCGUCACUGGCCACCCCUACCUCUGCUGACCCGAUGUCUGGACAGAUAUCCAUGUCUGUGGGCCAGCCUCCAGAAAGGUGUCCUCCAGUCUCAAGCGUGGGUUGCGACCCAAAGACCCCAGAGCCGCCGCCCAGGAACCGGAGGCACCAGGGGGUCCAGACAGAAGCCGGGAUAGCCAGCCAGAAGCAGGAGAGGGGCGAGCAAGACGGGCUGCUGCAGGAGGAAAGGGACAGGAAGGCAGAGUUAGGGCAGAGGAGGCAGGGCCAGGAAAAAGCCACAGUGAUGUCAGAGGGGACUCUAGGGACAGAGAUGGGGAAAGGCACCCAAAAGGGAAGAAUAGGCAGAACUCCAGCAGCAGGGGCAGAGAAACCCAGCCUUACUGGCCCUCCCCCAUCAGGUCCCACCACUGAGAACACGCGUCUCCUGGAGGCAGUGGAUGAACACGCCCCUGGCCCCUCCCACUCUCCAACUGCCAUCUCCCCUGGCAACGGAAAGUUGCAAGCCACUACCCCAGCAGACAAGGCUGGAUUUGUGAAACAACUCACUGGUGUCGCCAAGGACAUGCUGGGGCCGCCCAAGGCCGGAGCUCAGGAGGGGGCCAAGGGGAAGGACAGCCACAAGGCGGUGGAGGAGAAGCAGGGAUACUCAGCAGGAAAGCCAGAGGCUUCUUCUGGCCCCACCUGCUCAAUUCAGCCACAUAAGAAGGACCUCCAAGAUUCUUCCAAAUUCCAGUCAUGAGAUCUGAUUUAAUGAGAGGGGUGGGUUGGGAAUUGGGCGGGGGGUUAUUGUAUGUUCAGGAACUGUACAAGUUCAAAAAAAUUCCAUCCAUCCAGGUGAAGAUGACUGAAGAACUAGAAUAAUUUCUUUAUACAUGUGUGUAUGUGUGUGUGUGUGCGUGUGUGUGUGCAUGUGUGUGCCUGCUGAUCAAAAUAAGUUAAAAUAAACUGUAAAAGUCAUCUAAUCAAUGGCUUUUCCAUUCUGUAUAUUAACUUUGUACUUGUGUGCAUAUAUUGACUUGCAAUUGCUUUGAGUCUUGGUUAGCUGCGCUAGUCUAACCUUAGCCUUGGUAAGCAAUAUAGGAACAGUCGCCAGGAUAAAGCCAAUGAAUAUAGCUGAGGAGGAGCUUCUCACUGGAAAUAGGGAGGCAUGAGACCAUUGGAGAGAUUUUUGUGAAAAUAGUGCAAUUCCAGCUCUGCGCAUAGCUUGAGGAUUUAAAUCCCGGCAAGCUAGCUGUGGCUCUGUACACAGACGGUGUUGUCCUUUCCACAAAUACCAAAGCAUAGAUCAAACUAUGGCUCUGACUGUAGCUAGGCAGACCAAGGGACUGUACAACGUCACCCAUAAUUCUGAGGCGUUUUUCCUUGUGAAGUGUCACCACUGAACAAGGUUUAAAAAAUAAGAUCAAACGAUCAAAGUGUCCAUCAGGAAAAACUGGCUUCAGAUCCUAAAUGAUUUUUAUACUUUUUUGUUUUAAUGCAGUUUGUCUUUUGGAGUAAAUUGGAUCGCUGUAUAAAACAUUAUGUAUUGUGUGCUAAGAUGGGGUAAAAUAGUUAAUUUCUCUUUUUGUACUGGUGUCCAUUCCUGGAUGUAUAUAGGUCCAUACUUCUUUCACUGUUUGGCUCUUCCCUUUGCAGCAUUGUUGGUUGCCAUUUUACAUAUGGACUUUCUCAGUUAUAUCACUAUGCAGUCAUUUCAAGUCACUGCUUGAAUGUUUGUUUGUUAUUUAUUUGAGUACAUAAUUGUGACUGGAUAUGAAAGAUGGAGAUGCAUGAAGUGCACUGAGUGGAAAAAGAAUGAAAAUAAAAGAACUGCUGUACUUGAAAAAACCUAGGCCCUGUCCAUUGUAUGUGACAGAUUGUCUUCAAAAAACAGUAUGUUGCUACUGUAAAAUAAAAUCCCAAUAGGCAAACACCUUCA